CCAACCUGCGAGAGCUCUGAAGUGUCCGGCUUUCCAGAGAAGCCAUGUACCGGCUCCUGUCAGCCGUGACACUGCAGGCUGCGACCCCCGGGGGCCCGGCCUGGGGCUGCGGGCGGCGUGGGGCCCACCAGCGGGCUGGGCUGCCGCCGCUCGGCAACGGCUGGGUCGGGGGCCUGGGGCUGGGGCUGGGGCUGGCGCUCGGGGUGAAGCUGGCGGGAGGGCUAAGAGGCGCCGCCCCCGCUCAACCCCCGGCGGCCCCCGACCCCGAGGCGUGGCCUCAGGCCGUGCCGCUGCUGGAGCAGUCCCUCGCCCCGCGGUCUCUGCAGACCCCGGCGUCUCCCCACUCCCGGUGCUUCGCCAGAGCCAUUGAGAGCAGCCGGGACCUGCUGCACAGAAUCAAGGACGAGGUGGGUGCACCAGGAAUAGUGGUCGGAGUUUCUGUAGAUGGAAAAGAAGUCUGGUCAGAAGGUUUAGGCUAUGCCGAUGUUGAGAACCGGGUGCCAUGUAAACCAGAGACAGUUAUGAGAAUUGCCAGCAUCAGCAAAAGCCUCACCAUGGUUGCUCUUGCCAAAUUGUGGGAAGCAGGGAAACUGGAUCUUGAUGUUCCAGUACAACAUUAUGUUCCUGAAUUCCCAGAAAAAGAAUAUGAAGGUGAAAAGGUUUCUGUCACAACAAGAUUGCUAAUAUCCCACUUAAGUGGAAUUCGUCAUUAUGAAAAGGACAUGAAAAAGGUGAAAGAAGAAAAGGCUUAUAAAGCCUUGAAGAUGAUGAAAGGAACAAUGGCAUCUGACCAAGAAAAAGAAUUGAAAGAAAAAGGAAGCAAAAGUAAUGAAAAUAAUGACUUUUCUAAAGCUAAAUCAGAACAGGAUAAUGAAUCCAAAUGUCGGAAACAUGGCAAGAAAAAAAAUGAUUUUGAACAAGGUGAAUUAUAUUUGAAAGAAAAGUUCGAAAAUUCAAUUGAAUCCCUAAAAUUAUUUAAAAAUGAUCCUUUGUUCUUUAAACCUGGUAGUCAGUUUUUGUACUCAACUUUUGGCUAUACCCUACUGGCAGCCAUAGUAGAAAGAGCUUCAGGAUAUAAAUAUUUGGACUAUAUGCAGAAAAUAUUCCAUGACUUGGAUAUGCUGACAACUGUGCAGGAAGAAAAUGAGCCAGUGAUUUACAAUAGAGCAAGAUUUUAUGUUUACAAUAAAAAGAGACGUCUUAUCAACACACCUUACGUGGAUAAUUCCUAUAAGUGGGCUGGUGGUGGAUUUCUGUCUACAGUGGGUGACCUUCUGAAAUUUGGGAAUGCAAUGCUGUAUGGUUACCAAGUCGGGCUGUUUAAGAACUCAAAUGAAAAUCUUUUACCUGGAUAUCUCAAACCAGAAACAAUGGUUAUGAUUUGGACACCAGUCCCUAACACAGAAAUGUCUUGGGAUAAAGAGGGUAAAUAUGCAAUGGCAUGGGGUGUUGUAGAAAAAAAACAAACACAUGGUUCUUGUAGGAAGCAACGGCAUUAUGCUUCACAUACUGGAGGUGCAGUGGGUGCCAGUAGUGUCCUGCUAGUCCUUCCUGAAGAACUGGAUACAGAAGUUAUAAAUAACAAAGUCCCCCCAAGGGGAAUAAUUGUUUCUAUCAUAUGUAACAUGCAGUCUGUUGGCCUCAAUAGCACUGCUUUAAAGAUUGCCCUGGAAUUUGAUAAAGACAGAUCAGAGUGAUACCAUAACAUCACAGGUGCAAAAUAACCUGUUCUUUUUUUUAAUCAUUAAAAUUCCAAAAUAUGAGAUUUUUAUGAAUAAAUUUGUAAUAGACUUCAAUGGAAUGCAGAAAAUUAUGUACUUGUAAUUGCUUAAUUUUGUAACUGUCUUUUAUUAUAGAAUUUGUUCUUUAUACUCAGGGAAGUAACUAUAGUUUCUACUUUUUGAAAAAAGUGUUGACUGUUGAAAUAAAAUAUUCUGAUAAAA